AUGAUCAUCUCACGCCAAUCCUCCAUUAGACCCUUCAUCGUCUCACUUUUGGUUGUCUCAGUGACAUCGUCCAAAGUGCUUCACCUUCUCCAACAUGCAUCUUCUCUCCCCGGCAGUCAAUUUGCGCUCUAUUUACCGACGUUCUUCGUCUUUGAGGCACUUCUAUGCGUAGCUGUGUGGGGGUUGUUAUUCAAAUUUACCGGCGUAAAGUCCCUUUUGGGUACUGUGCUGGCAGUGGCUGUAACAUCUCUGAGCUUCAUCUUAUCUGCAUCUCAGCUUGGUUUCUAUUUUGUGACUGGCAGUGAGAUCCGCUGGGAUGCAGCCACAGCUGUGGGAAAUGACCCAGAAGGGAGAAAGCUGAUGCUCAGCGGGCUGAGAUCGUUUUUGGGAGCUGCGAGUGCCCUUCUUCUGAUCUCAUGGAUACUCAAAUAUUGGCUAUAUGCUCUCAUAGACCAUUGGAUGUCUGCGCUCUUUAGCGCGCAAACCGAGAAGACAGACGAAGAAGGCAUUCUGAUCAGUCCUCAAAAACAGUCGCGGGAAGCACGACUCACUCAAUUUUGGACAAUAUGCGCCGCGCUAGUCAUUGGAUUAUUGCGCUUGACUCGGCCGCAGGUGCCUUAUAACCAUAUGUCUCAAACUAUACCAUUCAGCUUUUUCCAGGCUUUGGGAUCGAGACCUGCCGAGCUGCAUCAGACUGGAGAUCAAUCAUUUCCACUCCCUGACUUGAUUGACGAGCCAUACUGGGAAGGCCCACACGAUCACUUCAAGGGUUGGACUCCCGGAAAGCCAGACUCAAACACCAAAAAGAAUCAACCUGCAUGGGCGUCCGGGGAUUUACCACCAGGGUUCAAGCGGUGGAGCGAGGGAGAGUCUGGCAGAGACGAAGAAGAGACCGCUACUCCGAAAGGAAACGGGACUUCUCGAAAUAACAUUUAUAGCCCUAUGGACGACCCUCUUCGAAUCACGAACCUCGACCGUGAAAUCCUUGAGCCCAUAGCUCGGGCUCUUAAGAAACAUAAAGUCCCCAUCACACAUGUCGUGCUUGUAUUGAUGGAAAGUGCUCGGAAGGACAUAUUUCCCUUCAAGGCGGGCUCACAUUUGCACGAGCGGAUCCUGUCGUCCUACAAUACCCACGACCCCGAAGUACUGCGAAUGGUCAACGCCAAGUUAUCAAAUUUGACACCAAACGCAGAGAAGUUGACCGGUGAGGCGAGUGGAUUUACGAGAAAUAACAAUAUUUCCAGCCCCGCUGGUGGAUGGAAUGACCCGACAGAACCAGGAAUGGGCGGCAUCAAUGUCAAUGGCAUCCUCACUGGUAGCAGUCUAUCGUUCAAAAGCGCUGUUAUGAACUACUGCGGUGCGGGACCACUGCCGGCGAACUUCAUGGAUGAGGUCAACUCCCAGAAUUACCAGCCGUGUAUCAUGCAGAUCCUUGAAUUGUUCAACCAACUCAAGGACUCGACUGAGAAGGGUACAGUGAAGCAUAAAUUUGGGACUGGACUUGAGCAUAUCCAUGAUCGAAACUGGAGCUCUGUGUUCUUGCAGUCCAUCACAGGGCAGUACGACGAGCAAGAUAAGCUCAACAAGCAGAUGGGGUUUCAAAAAUCCAUCUACAGCGAAGACAUUGAGAAGCAGAGUGCCAAAUAUUACCACGAAAACAUGGAGGAGAUCAAUUACUUUGGAUACCCGGAGUACGAGAUAUACCCUUACCUGCAAGAUGUGGUCAACAAGACAAUCGAGAACAAUGAACGGCUCUUCCUAUCUCAUUUCACGAGCACAACCCAUCACCCGUGGGGCACGCCCGCGACAUACCAGGAAGAGCAAUACUUUGCGGGAGACGGUCUUAUGGCGAAGCACGAGGACAUCAAUAAAUAUCUGAACGCAGUCCGAUACGUUGACACAUGGCUUGGGGAUAUGAUGAAGGUCCUCGACGAAGCCGGGAUUGCCAACGAGACAUUAGUCGUAUUCGUGGGAGAUCAUGGCCAGGCGUUCCCCGAGGACGCGCCAGUUUCCGGCACCUAUGAGAACGGACAUAUCAGCAAUUUCCGCAUUCCCUUGUUUUCCGACACCCGCUAUUGCCCGCACUGCAAAUCACUGCAAAUGCAACCUCGAUGUCCGUCGUCCCGACCAUUCUCGAUCUACUGGUAA